UUACCAUACUUCGCUUGGGGCCAGGCCCCCAUGAGCGUAAGAAAAAUCAUAAGUUAGCGAUAUAACCAUCCAUCCGCGUCCUUGAAGCUUUUAGUGCGUCGUUAGUGAUGUGUGCGGUCUGACCUUGUCUUAAUGGAGUAUAAAACGCUUUCUAUUCACCGAUACUGGAAACCUCCAAUUCAUCGCUUAUUUCAAUUUGUCCAGUUAUUAGCAAAAUAUAAUUGUAUUGGGUAUUUGGCUCGAUGAGAAGGGCUCUUAGCAGGUGAUUUCCUUCGAAUCCCAUCAAACACACAGAAAAGUAAUACAAAAAAAUUUUAACCACUGUAGUUUUUGUUUUUCAUAAUAUUCUUUCAUUUUAUUUCGCACUCUUUUUACUGCACUUUUCCCCUCUUUCUAAAUUUAUAUAUUCAAUACAAAAUUCUAUCCUAGUAUCACUUACAAAUGUUUGUGCGCGCAACGUGUAUUCUUAUCAACAAAAUACAGUAAUAGGCGAGAAAGCUUUUAUGUUGUGAUAAGAAAGCUUUGGAGUAAAGCCAAUAGAGGGCGUCACGAGAAAAAGUGCACAAAAAGGGAAAGGCGAUAUAGAUGACAAAUUGUCAAACUCUUAGGCAACAACUUUUUGAAGAGUACUCGUAAGAGAGCGUACUUCUUAAAUUAGUGAAUGUGUUUUUACAAAAGAGUGAAAGAAAAAGAGGAGAAAAUCAGUAAAAUAAGAUUAGAAAAUCGGCAUUCUUGCUAUUUGUUCUAUUUGAACAAAUCAUUUCCUCUUUGUUGCCAAUUCAAUUCAACACAGCCAACACUGGCUACGACGAGUAAGAGCCAGGCAUAGAAGGGAGCGACCAUGCGAUUUAAUAACUUUUCUCUUUCGCUACUCUUGCUUACUAUUGCCCACAAUUUCACCACACUUGUAAUCCGGCAAUUUAUGUUGCCAAUAGUAAUAUCCUGCUAGCCGGAUGCUGCCACCCAUUUUCACUCUUAUGUACGCACACAUUUCUCAUUCUCAGCUCAAUUAUGUUCGCUCUCCGCAGCAUAGGCGCUCUGCUUUGUAACCUAUCCUGCCAGCAGAGAGUAGCCGUUAUCCGUUUGCUUGCCCACACAACUCGCACAAUCCUUUUGUGUUGUGUCUAACAUCUGGCGCAAAUUUUGCCGACUGACUUUACCCUGAUUGUUGCUCUUCUCACUGAGCUGAGCUAUGCUGUGUGACUAGAGAGCAGUAGUCUAGUAGUCAAAGACGAAUUGGCAGCAUACAAGAAUGUGAGACAAAAAACAAAAAUUAAAAAAGCGAAAAAAAAAUCUUCUUUUAACAUCAAGGGAUAAAUCCCGAAAUGGCUCAGUCUGUUUUUGUAUACGGGCGUUAAAUGGUCGUUGAGCGGCGGAAGUGCGUCGUCGGCUGGUUUCUUUCUACUUUAUUUUUGUUGGCAGUUUACCAGUGAAUUUGUUUUGCAAGCAAAUAGAAAAGAAUACACGUUCGGCUUGAGUUUUAUGCAGCAACGUAAUGCAUAGUGAAACAGCACUUAAUGCUUUAAUAAGCUGAUUAAAUGAAAGAAAUUAACAAUCACUAAAUAGCUAAAGAUAAUUUGGCAAAAUAUUUCAAAUAAAAAAAAACUAACUUCAAACUCUUUAUUAGCUCUGUGUGAAGUGCUUUUGUGUGUGGAAAACGAUUACAAGUCGUUUCCAUUUGACGUAGUAUAGUGUUGGUGCGUGGUGCGUGUGUCGAUUAGCUGUGGCUUGUGGCGUAAAAUGCCGCUGUUGGCCACCACAUUAUUAUGAUGGAGACAUUCAUUGUCCUUGGGCUAUGUUUCAUACUAUACGAAGCACUGGAUUUCUUUCAAGGAUGUCUACAUAGUACAUCACCAAAUUCAACCGAUCAAAUUGAAGCCUAUCGCCGCCAAUUGGACGAGCAGCGACAGCAACAGCAGCAAGAGCAGUUUAUCGCCAAUUUAACGCCGCUCCUGGGCGCCCAAUUGCUAGCCGCCACCUCUAGCAUUUCGCUCUCGCCCAGCGAGUCCACAGCGAGCAUCAUAAGCGAACAAUUACGCGCCCAACAGCAACGUGAACAGCUCGAGCAACUACAAAGUAGCAGCGUACACAGCGAACGCAGCAAUACCGAUAAUUCGGCGAGCACACCGGCGCUCCACAGCAGCGGGUUGGGUAGCACUUUUGGUUCAGCGGCUGGUAGUGAUAGUUUGAGUGCGGCCAGUGCAAGUGUUGGUAGUGUGGGCAGUAGUAGCGGAGCUGCCUUUCGGCCGGCCUAUCGUAGCGUCUACGAAUCACAAGAGUUGUACGCCACCUCAUCACUGCCACGCGACUACUAUUUCUUGCAACAGCAGCAACAAAAGAACAAACAUUCGGCACGUUCGCUGUUCUCGAAGUUUGGUGCCUCCAAUUCGGAUAAUCGCAUCUUUCCCGAAACUACGUCGGUGUUGGGUGUGCCUGCGGGCGUGAUUACCCAACAACCAGUUGCUAGUGUCAACCACCAGUUUGACUGCUUGCCACCAGCGUCGUUGCCUGCCUCAACGCUUGCGUUGGACUUGAAACGCGCCAUACUGAGUAACAAUAGUUGUAAUAGUAAAAAUAAGAAUAGUAAUACAACGAACAACGAAAGGAAACGCCUAGCAGCGAGUGCGGUGGAAAGUGUGCAAGUGCAUGGUUUGGCGGUAAUAGCCAGCCCGUCACGUGAUCCGCCCAAUCACACAAACUCGAUCGAGCGCGAGAAUCAACGAAAUCGCAACGCCGCCGCAACCACUGCCGUGGCCGUGACGACGCGUGCGCACGACUGUGACGCUAGUUCGUCGGAUUGUGAAUCGGAUACGAGUGGAGAUUCGUCAGACUCGUCGGCAUCGGCAUCCGCCUCGGCCGGUUCCGCGUCACUAGCCUCGUGCGGAGAGGACAGUGAUCCCGGUCUGGGCGAGGAACGUGAGUUCGGUUUGUCAAAUUCGUGUUCGUCGUCGCAUGCGGACUUUCGCGAAAUCGAAUGUGAGCGCUUGAGACGCAAGUGUGUGAGUGUGAAACGCAUCUACAGCAUAUCGGAGAAGUUUUGAAAUCCUGUGGGAAAAAUGAAAACAAAUUGAAAAAUGUGUCACAAAUAGAGUAAAUGGAUGCUUUUGAGCAGAGAGUGCAAAGUUGUCAACAAAUACAAAACAAAAUAGAAAAGUUGCAGAGAGGAUGUGACUUAUCAAAAAAUGUCUUAAAAUUAGACUGCAGUCAACCAAUAAAUAUUGAAAAAGUGAAAACAUUGAGGUUAAGUAAAUGAGAUUGAAAUCAAAAUUACAAUGCAUAAAAAUCAAAUAAACAACAAAAAAAAUUAUGAGUCCACGCAGUAAAAGUACUUUCAAAUAUUAGAAAAGCCGACUUUGAAAGGUUACACAAACCGAAUAACUAAAUAGGUAAUGAAUAGAUAACCAACAGAUCUGUUAUUAAUGGAAUCUUAGCCUAAAUGAAAUCGAUUUGAUAACAAAAUUAUAUACGAAAUUUUGCCACAGUGCUUAUGAUUUCUGCGUGAAAAAGGGAGAGCAGUCAGUCAGUCACUCAUUCAACAACUAAGCUGCCUACUAAGUAGGCCGAAAGUCAAACCAACUACAACGAUCGAUGGAAAAAGUAAUAAAAACUUGUACAAACGAAAAAAGAUGAAAAAAAUUAAAUUAAAUGAAACUUAACUAAAAAAAUAUAUAAAACUAAGUUAAUAAAAUUAAAAAUCCAAUUUAAAAAAAAAUUGAAAUAAGAAAUAAAUCAAAUAUAAAAAAAUAUAAUUACAAAUUAAAAAAAUUAUAAUAAAAAAAGUCAUAUUAAAAACUAAAAGAAAACAGAAGAGCAAAAAAAAAAGCAACACAGAAAACAAAAUAUUACCCACAAAGCCAAAAACAAAAACACAAACAACUAAAAUUACCCACAAAUUGUGUAAGCAACUCUCCGUAAAUUUGUAAUAAAUUCCACGUUGGAACCGUACCGAUACAAUAAUUAAAGUAGUGAAACAACUUAUACGAUAACAAAAACAAAAACACCAUGGUGCACUUAAAAAGCAAAUUACAACAAAUAAAUAAAAGAAAUAAAAUCCGAAUCUUAGAAAAGUAAGCUCAACCAUCAACAAAUCAUACAAAACCAAAGAAAAAGCCAUCAACGAAAGAAAAGUAAAACAACUGCGUUAAGCAGUGAAGAAUUCCAAAAGUAUG